UGACAGAAAGGAGUUACGAUGCAGUACCGAAAAACGUUCCUUCUUCUAACAGCUGGUUUCGUUGUGGUUAGCCUCUUGUAUAUCGCACCAUGGUCCCAAGCUGGAGUGCUAGCACCCUGGGCCACAACGCAACUAUUACUUUCGCAACGUUUGAUGCCAUUCUGCAUGGACGAUGGUUACAGUAAUCCCUUGAGUUUAGACGAACCCCAGCAAAGGACACCUAGUAAAACUGAUAUUCCGCGUGUAUGGAAUCCUGAAAAUGACCUGUCUAAAGGGUAUGGUCGGCUACCUUUUCCCAUCGAAAAGACGGGAAACCUGUCCAAUGCGUAUACCACGGUAUCGCGCUGUCGCAACAAGACGGAGACAAUGUUCUUCAUCCACAGCGCCGCGGGCCACCAGGUACACCGGAAUGUUCUUCGGCAGUUCGUCGGCAACGUGGCGCUGUCAUCCGCGCACGACUGGACGAUGGUGUUCUUCGUGGGGAUCUCUAAAAACCAAAGCGUAGGGAGGGCGGUCCAAGAAGAAGCUGCCAAGUACGGCGACGUGGUGGUACUGCCAUAUGAAGACACCUACCAGAACUUGACGUACAAGUUUGUCUACGGAAUGAAGUGGACCCUCGAAUUCUGCCCUUCUGUGAAGUACGUAGUGAAGAUCGAUGACGACAUGGUGGCCAACCUGGUUAAGGUGGUGAGGUACCUCAGGAAGCUGCAAGCAUCUCCUGGUUUUGAACUUCACUGCUUCGUCUGGAGCAGGGCUACGGUGUUCCGUCAGGCCAGCUCGCCCUGGUACAUGCCUACUGACGUGUAUCCCAGGGAUAAGUUUCCAGAUUACUGCUCCGGGCGCGGUGUUUUGUUUAAAAGUGGGGUGUUGCGACGACUGUACAGUGCUUCGUUCUGUCUACCUUUCCACGGCAUUGACGACGUUUACGUGACCGGCGAUGCCGCUCUGUGGGCAAAGGUGGGUCAUGUUGCCAUCAAUUCUGAAGUGUCUCAGGACGGUGAGAACUGGGAAGGAGUCGCCAACGGUCGCGUCAUUUUCAGUCAUAUACACAAUCAUACGCUACGAGCCAAGGCGUGGGAUCUGAUCGUUAGGCAGCUUCAGCGGGAGAAAAAGAAAACUACGCGCUCCUGGAUAAGUUUAUUCUAAUGUUUUGUCUAAUCAACCUAUGGAAGCAAAUUCGCUUCAAAGACUAGUCAUGCUACCUUGUGUGGCCAACCGCUCUGCAGAACCACUGUUCAGGCAACAUAGAGCUUGUCCCACUAUAGUGCAAUCCCAUGAAAUGUGAAGGUCCGGUUAGGAACGCGUACGCACCCUCAACAAAAUUGCGGCGGUAAGAGGCUUUAGAGGGAAUACCUCAAGCCCCAAGACAAACUGAAGCGUCGUUUCUUUUUUUUUUUUUUACAGAGCCAUUGUGAAAGACAGUUGUGGCAGUUAAAGUAUCGUACAGCUUUAACACAUGCCUCCCUUUUUCACAAUUCGUCAGUUGCGUUACUACAGGGACUGCACUGACCUAGCUGGUUCAAUUUUCAUGACAUCUGACCGCACCGAGGUUGACCGAGCGUGUUUUGACUUGAUUUGGGUGUUGACUACAUCUCCUUCCAUCUGAUGACACUCCAGCGGGAGGCCUUUUCAACACAUGAAGCUUCUAGUGGACUUCAUACUCGUAUCUUCUCCACUGAAAAAUCCCUACCUGUAUUUACCGUUGUCGUACACCUACCCGAAACAUUUAUUUCCAUGCUCGAUCGAAUAAAGCGAGUGAAGUUCACAAAAUAGCCACUAGGUACCGUUAGCUAUAUUCCGCUCCCAUUCUGAAUCUCUGACCAACCCGGACACUUCCAUCACUGCAUAUAUAGUGCCCUGCGUCCAGCAUCUUCUCCUAGAUCCCCUAGAUUGGCAGCUAAAGGUGCCUCAUAAAAUUGCUUUAGUUUCACCCAGAGCAGGGGUUUCCAACCAUACCUUACGAACCAAGGUCUUCUAACCGGCCGAUGACUUGCUAUGCUUCUUCCACUAAAGCCCAGCAAGCGACCUGCUUGGAAUAGGCCCGCUGCUACCGGGGGAAAAUAAGUGCGCAUAACGAAAAGGAGCCGAAACGCGCUCCGAUCACGCAAAUCAACAUGAUAGAAAGAACGAGAUAAAACUGCCUAUGGUGACGCGGGUCCUCUCACCAUAUUCACAAUUCAGUUGUCAUCACCAGCAUCACCAUUCUAACUACUUAUGUGAAAUUCUCAUUAGUCUUCUGGCCUCUUAGAGUGUAGCAGUUUUAUUGCGCUCAUUUCAUUUCAUGUUUGGCGAGUUUUAUGGGUCCCAUUUAUUGUGCAACGUCAUACUUAGCUUAAUAUAUGAUUUCACAAUAAAGUGCAUGUAUUCACCCAAAUUAGAGAAUUGUUUGAUA